AUGGUCGAAAUAACCCCAAACUUGUCCAACCUCAUCUCAUCAUACCCCAUCCUCUCCACCCUCGCCGAAUACGUCUCAACCCUCGACCUCUUCCACCUAGCCCUCACAAACCACUCCAACCACGCCUCGAUCCUCGGCUCAAACCCCAUCUUCGACCGCCUCAAACUAUCAUGUCUAUGCGACAGCCGCGGCCUCUCGACGCGUCAGACCUUCACCGGCCCGUACCGCAUCCGCUACCGCAGACAGAAACUCAGACAAGAGCCAGCGAUCACCCACGACGAGCCCGUCGAGGUGCGCCUCUACAACCUCAAAUGCGACGAGGCCGGCGCGCUGCCCUGCGUGCGGUGCGGCAUCAACGUCUGCGAAGAAUGCCGCGACUACCCCCGCUGGCCGACGCGCUCCGUGUACUCCUUCGGCCGUCCGCAUCUGAACGAGCCCUGCCAGUCCGCGAACGUCAUGUGCCUGUGCGGGUCCUGCGACGCCGAGCAGGAGAGGGAGGUCGAGGGGAGGUAUCUCAACGAGCGGUGUGGCUGUAAUGUGUACACCCGCUGGAUCUGUUCGAAAUGUGCCGCGGCGUUCGACCGCGAGGCCGGGCAGUAUUAUAGCCAGCGCACGAAGUUUGAUGCGGGGUGGACUGAGCCGACGACCAAGCUCUUGCACGAUCGGCAGCACGACCGCGCCUUCUGGUGCAAAUGCGGCGCCGCGGUGCCGGACGAGAUCGAUCCUAGGUGCAUGUGGUGUAAGCGUCGCCAUCGACCCGAGGUGGAAUGGUGGCAUGAGGCCACGGAGCUGAAGGCGGCUGGGACACCCGGGAACCCAUUUUACGACCCUGCAUAUCCAGAAUGGGUGACCGACGAAGACGACAAGUAUCCGACUCCGUACCCAAAGCUGGGAUACGAUCGACCCGGGGAAGUUCCUUCAGGCCAGCCGAGCGUGGAAGACAACGAGUCGUGA